AUGGAAUCGCUUAUACCAGUCGUCAAUAAACUGCAAGAUGUAUUCGCGGCAAUUGGAACACGAGAAGCUGAAAUACAGUUACCUCAAAUUGUGGUUGUUGGAUCUCAGAGUGCUGGAAAGAGUUCAGUGAUCGAAGGUAUAGUUGGUCGUGAUUUUUUACCACGAGGUACGGGUAUAGUAACAAGGCGACCUCUUAUUUUACAGCUUAUCAAUGUGCCUCUCGAUGAUAAGGAAACACGCAAAAAUUUACAAGGUACCGAUAUAAAAAGUGAUGAAUGGGCUAUAUUUGAACAUUCAAAAACGAAGAUUUUUACAAGUUUCGAUGAUGUCCGCAAAGAAAUUGAGGUUGAAACAGAUCGACUUACCGGCACAAAUAAGGGUAUCUCAGCAAUACCGAUGAGUCUGAAGAUAUAUUCGGCGAAUGUCGUCAACUUGACCUUAAUCGAUUUACCUGGUAUGACGAAAGUACCCGUUGGUGAUCAACCAUCCGAUAUUGAGAUUCAAAUAAGAGAUAUGAUCCAGUCGUUCAUCAGUAACCCGAACUCAAUCAUUCUGGCUGUUACACCAGCCAAUCAAGAUUUCGCCACUUCAGAACCUCUGAAAUUAGCUCGAGAAGUUGAUCCAGAUGGAUGUCGGACGUUAGCUGUGCUAACUAAAUUGGAUUUGAUGGAUUACGGAACUGACGCAAUGGAGGUUCUCUUGGGUAGAGUGGUACCGGUGAAACUCGGUAUUAUUGGUGUUGUUAAUCGGUCGCAAGCAGAUAUCAAUAAAAAGAAGAAUAUAUCAGAAUGCUUGAGAGAUGAGCAAUCUUUUCUGCAGCGAAAAUAUCCGAUGCUUGCUGCACGCAACGGUAUACCGUACCUGGCUAAAACUCUCAAUCGGCUGUUGAUGCAUCACAUACGUGAAUGUCUACCACAAUUGAAAGUACGAGUGAAUGUUAUGAUGAAUCAAUGCCAAGCCUUAUUAUCUUCGUACGGUGAACCAGUUCAAGAUCAUAGCAGAACUCUUCUGCAAAUUAUCAAUCGAUUCGCGACUGCUUACACGGACACUAUUGAUGGAACUUCGAAGAAUAUUGAAACUUCUGAAUUGUGUGGUGGUGCUCGUAUAUGCUAUAUAUUUCAUGAGACAUUUGGACGUGUUCUUGAGUCAAUUGAUCCAUUAGGUGACCUUUCGCAACUGGAUAUUCUAACGGCUAUUCGAAAUGCAACGGGUCCGAGACCAACAUUAUUCGUACCAGAAACCAGUUUUGAAUUAUUGGUGAAGAGGCAAAUCAGAAGAUUGGAAGAGCCGAGUUUGCGUUGUGUUGAGCUUGUGCACGAGGAAUUGCAGCGAAUCGUACAACACUGUGGACUACACACCCAACAAGAAAUGCAACGAUUCCCGCGAUUGUACGACAAAAUCAACGAAGUUGUCAGUAAUGUUCUGAAGAGUCGAUUGGGUCCAACGAAUCAAAUUGUCGAGAAUUUAGUUGCGAUUGAAUUGGCUUAUAUCAAUACAAAACAUCCAGAAUUUACGGAUGCAUCUCUAGUCAGUCUACUGAAGGAGCAGAUAUUGUUCGACGAGGAAUCGAAAAGAGCCCGCAAGAACGUUGUGAAUGCUUUGACGAACGGCACUGUUGCUCCACCAUCAAAUGCCGGUGAUGCGAGUGCUUCGGGUGGAUUACCGCCAACGGCAAUGUCCAACGCAGCCAGCGGUGAUGCUGCUAUGACACAGAGUUCAAGUGAGGGUACCGGUUUAAGUGGAUGGAUAUUUCGAAGUAGCACCAGUAGUGCUAGCGCUAAACAGUCUCCAUCCACACCUCGCAAAUCGGUGAAUUUCCUUCCGGAGGUUCCAGAAAAAACAAUUACACGUAAACUUACGCCUCGAGAACAGAGAGACUGUCAAAUUAUCGAACGUUUAAUUCGGUGUUAUUAUUUGAUUGUACGUAAGAACGUGCAAGAUGCAGUGCCCAAAGCAAUUAUGUGCUUUCUUGUGAACUACGUCAGAGAUAACUUGCAAAGUGAACUGGUGAGGCAAUUGUAUCAAAGCGAUAUGAUCCACGAAUUACUGGCUGAAAAUCCGACUAUGGCGCAACGACGUAAGGAGACAGCUGAGAUGCUUGAUGCAUUAAAUAAAGCGAGUCAAAUUAUUGGCGAGAUUCGUGAAACACAAAUUUGGUAG